AUGGCGUGGCCGUGCAUCACGCGGGCCUGCUGCAUCGCCCGCUUCUGGAACCAGCUGGACAAGGCGGACAUCGCCGUGCCGCUGGUGUUCACCAACUCCGCGGGCCUGGGGCACGAGCAGACUCCGCUGCCCGCGGCCCAGGCCCAGGUCCAGGCCACCGGCCCGGAGGGAGGCAAGGGCCGUGCAGCGGCUGACGCCCUCAACCGGCAAAUCCGCGAGGAGGUGGCGAGUGCGGUGAGCAGCUCGUACAGGAAUGAAUUCAGAGCGUGGACAGACAUCAAGCCUGUGAAGCCCAUAAAGGCCAAGCCCCAGUACAAGCCCCCAGAUGAUAAGAUGGUGCAUGAGACCAGCUACAGUGCCCAGUUCAAAGGGGAGACCAACAAGCCCACGGCAGCUGACAAUAAGGUCACUGACCGCAGAAGAAUACGCAGCCUCUACAGUGAGCCUUUCAAGGAACCCCCAAAGGUGGAGAAACCUAGUGUUCACAGUUCUAAACCAAAAAAGACCUCCACGAGCCACAAGCCCCCGAGGAAGGCCAAAGACAAGCAGGUGGUGUCAGGCCAGACCGCCAAGAAAAAGAGUGCAGAGGGCCCCCGUGCCGCCAAACCUGACGAAAAGGAGCAAAGUAAAGAGAUGAACAAUAAACUGGCUGAGGCGAAAGAGAACCUGGUCCAACCUGCUGGUGACUCACGUAAGAAUCAAGGUCCAAUAGCCAAAGAACCAGACAAGGAUCAGAGCCCUGUGGCCCCAGGGCUUCAGAAAGGUCAAGGUCCCACGGUCCAAGAGCCUCCAAAGGAUCAAGGCCCUGUGAUCACAGGGCCAUUGAAGGACCAAGGGCCUGGGGUCCUGGGACCACCGAAGGACCAAGGCCCUGUAGUUCCAGGGCCACCAAAGGAGCAAGGCCCUGUGGUCCCAGAGCCUCCAAAGGAGCAAGGCCCUGUGGUCCCAGGGCCUCCAAAGGAUCAAGGCCUUGUGGUCCCAGCACCUCCAAGAGAUCAAGGCCCUGUGGUCAUAGGACCACCAAAGGAUCAAGGCCCUGUGGUGCCAGGGCCUCUGAAGGAUCAAGAUCAUGUGGCUCCUGAGCCUUUAAAGAAUGAAGGUUCUGUGAUCUCAAUGCCAGUGAAGGACCAAGGUCCCUUGAUCCCAGGGCCUCUGAAGAAUGAAAGUCCCAUGGCUCCAGCAAAAGUUAAGGAUCAAAGUUCUGUGGUCUCUGAGCCUAUGAAGGAUCAAAGUCCUGUGGUCCCAGCACUCAUGAAAGAUCAAGGUCCUAUGGUCUCAGGACCCACCAAGGAUCAAGGUCCUACAGUCCCAGCACCCACCAAGGAUCAAGGUCCUGUGGUCCCAGCACCCACCAAGGAUCAAGAUCCCAUUGUCUCAGAGCAGCUGAAGGAUCGAAGAGCCAUAGCACCUAUAAAGAUCGAAAGUCCCAUGGCCUCUGAGCCUGUAAAGAAUCAAGGUCCCAUGGUCCCAGAGCCUUCAAAGAGUCAAGGUCCUAAGGUCUCUGAGUCUGUGAAGAGUCAAGACCCCAUUGUUCCAGCACUAGUUAGGGAUCAAGGUCCUGUGGUCCCAGAGCCUCCAAAGAAUCAAGGUCCUAUAAUACCGGUGCCUCUGAAGGAUCAAGAUCCUCUGGUGCCAGCACCAGCAAAGGACCAAGGUCCUACAGCCCCUGAACCUCUGAAGACUCAAGGUCCCAGGGGCCCUCAGCUGCCCACUGUCACACCUCCACCCCCAGUCAUGAUCCCCACCGUCCCCCACACGGAAUAUAUUGAGGGUUCCCCAUGACACUCCCCCUUGAUAGCUAACGAAGGAGCUGGCAGUGAGAUUGCUCCCCACCCAGGGGCAGUGAAGACACAUGUUAAAUCUGCAUGAAGCACGUGCUGUGUAGUUUUGCUGGGCUCUAAUAAAACUGGUC